CGACACUGAGGGGACCCCAACAACCUUCUCGCAGCACACGCACACGACAUGAUAUGCGCCUACCAACGGCGCAAGCAGUCACAUUCAGUCCACACGCCUUCCCCGAAAAUUGGCUAUUUCAAAGUCUAGCAUUCGAGGGCGACACUGGAGCAUUCUUCGCCAACACUGCUCCCAUUAAACGUUCGGCUCCUGCGUCUCACUUUUAAACCUGACACGCCCCCGUCUUGAUCGUUUUAUCUUAUUACCCGCUGGUAGAGAUGGGCUACUUGUCCCCAUGAAUCCACUCACGCCAGGAAAUUAGCCAUCACCGACCUAAACACUUAGAGAGAUAUUUGUUCCACAGCAUUUGCCAGUCAGGAGUGCGGCAACCACAAAUACAAGUGACCUUCUACAUCGACCUUUCAGGAUGCAGGCGGACACGCUUCACCUGUUGCAAAGCGAAGCAGCACCUGUUGAAUCGUGGGAUGAAGAUGGAGACCUACAAUGUCUCGAUGAUAUUCAUUUUCAACCUGUUUCUACAACGACCUCUGUUACUGGCUCCGUGCUCCGCUCGGGCCAUCGCGAUUCAGUUUCAUCACGCCUCUCCGUCCGCUCUGAUGCUGAUUCAAAUGUUGGGGAUGAAGACUGGCAGGUGCUUCUCCGCGAUAAUGACGAGACUGCUACUGAAGAUGCUAUUGCUUCGGCUCGCAAUGCCGGUAUACCUAUUCCUGGCGGUAUUUCCAAAUCUGCGCUCAUGGGUGGCGCCAUCAAGAAACUCCAAUCUAAACAUAUCAGAAAAACCACAAUUGAUGACUGGUCGGAAGACUUGGAAUUCCCGGCCAAUGCAGAACUGUCACUUAAAUCACAGGCGCAAGAGCUAUUUCCAGAAACUCUGCAACAUAUAAACAACACCCCUUCAAUGACUAGUCCGGCUAAACCCCACCGCUCUCUCAAUUCAGAUUCUUUCCGCGAACCUGAAAUUGUUUCCCGGACAGAGGAGUCGGUCGAAACUCGAAAGACAUAUGAGGAGACAGAUCAAAACGGCGAGGUACAAGAUGUACCCACAAUCAAGAUUGCAAAGUCUCAUCUACAUGAAGUACAAAUUACUACACGUACAGGCGACAACAAUAUAAUGGACACAAAUCAAGACGCAGAAGAUUUCGAAAAAGACUUCGAACUAUCCGCUGAAAACUCGAUUUUGAAGCUUUCUGCACCAAAGGACAUCGCCAUAACUACACCAGAAAUGAAUGACGAUGGCUGGGAUAUUGACUGGGCAGAAGGGAGCAUAGGUGUGCGUUUCGGUGGAACACGGCGAGAUGGCCGUUCCACUCAUAGCUCUUCUAUUUCGGCCUUCAGUCCAAGUAUUUCCAGCUGUCUCACCGCAGAAAGUGAGGACGAUGGUCUUGAUGGUCUAGUCUUACCCGACGGUCCCCUGGAUUUUGGAGAGGCCUUGAAGAAACGACAAGAAGUUUUGACGACACCCGAUAUUAGUCCAAAGUCUCAACCCGUCUCAAAGGAAUCCAAUGAUCACAAAAGUUUCUUUGAUAACUUGGAUAUCGGUGACGGCAAUGUUUUCGCAUCUAUGAAGCAGAGCGUCAAUCGGAAUGUGAAACGUAAAAUUGCUCGGCCAGAAACUCCUAGUCGAUCCGAAAAAACAAUCACAUUUACGAACAAGACCCCGUCUUCAGUAACCCGGAUACCACGGUUAUCUGGUCAUGAUCGAUCCCACUCAAACCUUGAACCAGUAUCUGAAAGUGGAGCUCCAAUUACGAAGUUUCGGAGACCACAAUCUCGCCUUGCUGGCCACGCAACCCGAUCAUCUGUACCGAGCAUCCACAAUUCUCACACCUCACCGCCAUCCACCCCUUCCAGACCUCGCAGAUCCCUCGGUUCCAGAAUAUCGACAGAAGCACCCCGGAACGAUACGACAACCAGUUCCCAGCUUUUAAAAGCCAAACGAUCGAUAUCCUCUAUCCGUCCAAACGAGCAAUCAAAUCCAAUAACGCCUUUUCAACGGCCAUCGUCUCGUCAAGACGGUGUAAUCUCACUUCGUCCCAAAACACCAGUGGACCGAUCUACAACCGAUUCUAGGCUACCAAAUCGUCGAGGGCAAGUGCCGUUCCUUCCUGCUGGUGCUUCAACAAGCCAGUCACACCACGCAAGCGUCAAAUAUUCUCGCUAUCUUCGCCGUUCCGAUUCGGAUGAUUAUACAGGCUCUACAGUUGGGCAGAAAUCAGCAACUCGAUUUGGUCAUCUUCAGCGAUCGGAGACCCCCAACGCUCAACAUAGGGAUUCAAUCACCGAGUACACCAAUGUCACUGCCAAACGUACGGUAACUCGACCCGCACAUCGACGAAAUUACGGAGACGGCACGGAACUAGAAUCAUUUGAUGAUCUACCCACGUCAGCUGUUGCAGAGAGUCGUUUUGUUAAGUCUCCGGUAGGCCAUGGGGCACCGAGAUCUAUACGAAGCCGUUUAGCCCAAACACCCUCCCCGCUACUAUCACGAACCGAAACCCCCGUCAACAUCCUCAACUCUUCUCGACCAAGUUCAUUUACUCCUCGGUUCGCCAGAGACACCAACGCCUCCAGAAAUGCGCGUGAGCAGAGGAUAGCCUCUCUUUCUGUUCCAUCUCGAGACCGAGGAAGCAUGGCUCUUACACCUCUUAGUACUAAUUGGAAGGGACCAACCCUUCAAGAAGGCGAAACCAUGUUAACUUUGCGGAGCAAAAAGGGCAAAUUAUCCAGGACACCGACCUCGAGGCCACAGUUGAUUCGACCAAUGGGAUCUGGUGUGAGUGGGAGUAGGCAAAUUAAUGGAAUGCAAUACAAUCCUGCUACAUAUCGGUGGGAAGGAAACGAGAAUACAGUGGCAGAGUUUGACAUUAUCAACAGACCUAAAACUCCAAAGGCGGCACCAGCCCUGAUUACCAGCAUAGGCGCAACCAAGGAUGCACAGGUAGUUGGUAACAUGGUAUUUGAUCCACAGCGAAUGUGCUGGCAGAAAGUUGCAUCUACACUGUCAGAUCCAGACGGUGGGCCAGUAGUUAGCGAUGAAUCUGAAGAUGUCUUCGCGGGUCUCGAUGACCUUCAAGAAAAGCCUGAUACACAGCAUAAGAGGGUCUUAUCUAGUGAUGCUUUUGAAAUGGAUGGCUCGGAUGAGCAAAGUGGUGGCGAUUCCGGAGAGGAAUGGCCAAUAACGGAGGAAUUCGAUGUUGGACCUGAGUUUGUCAAACGACAGAGAGCGGAAGAAGAUAGAUGGAAACGGAAAGUUACUAAAUGGGUCAGCUCGGAGCGACAACGUUUCGGAGAUGGGUGGCGGUGGGCUAUUCGAGAUUUAGUUCCCACAGCACCUACCAAAAUUGACCCCCUUGGAUAGGACCAGAUGCAUUGAAGAAUUGAAGAGGGACGAGUCCGACAUGUAUACGACUGUUAUGACCUUGAUGACGAAAUGGAACCUCUAGGGACUUCAUGCUUGCAUGAACUAAUGAACUGCCAUGCAUUACGGGUAAAAGUGAACGUUUUGGGCGGAAUAUUUGACCCUGCUAGCCUUGUUAUUACUGCUUUUUAAUGUUUUGACUUCUUGAGUCCGCGCCUUGUAACAUACAUUUUGAAUGGCAUUUGUGAUUUUUUGACUUCUAGCACUGUGAAAUGCAAUUGACCUAUAUGGGUCCCUUUUUGGCGUGGUUUUUCGUAUGAG